AUGACGGGUCUUUCCCCACUAUCGGACAUUCAUGACAAAGACGAUGACUCUCCAAAAGACGAUGAUGGUGACACCUCAACCCCUUCCGAAUCGCAAGCGAGCCGCGAUACAAUCAGCGUUUCUGGACACGGUGGAGGCAUAACCGAGAAAGAUAGCUUCAAAGAGCCUCGACUUGAUUAUUCUCGGAAGGUGGCAAUGCGGUCAAUGAUGCACUGGUUCAUUGGACAUGGCUAUAAUAUUGCUCUUAUCACCUUGUAG